AUGGUUUUCAACUUAGGCCGCCAUCGAACUCAGACUUCCCAUCCCGAAGAGUUGAUCAAGUUCUGUGAACAGGAGUACAAAUGGAGCAAAUCGUUCAUCUCCGUCUCGGCGCUGAAGCCCUCGGCCUUUCACCUGACCACCGUCCUUCAGGACCUGAGCGAGGACAACAAAAAGGUGCAGAUAUUUCGGGCAAAUCACUUGCUCACCAACCACACCGUAGUGCUCAAGCUAAUCGACCUAGACGAGGAGGAGUUGCUCGACUACGUGAGCUUCGAGAUCAACACCAUUCGUCAGUUGCACCACCCCAACCUGCUGCCACUUCUCUCGUCGUUUGUCAUUGAGCGGCACCUCUGGAAUGUGAUCACCUCCGCCGAGUACGGCUCCGUGGACAUCUGGUCAAGGCCGAAUGGCAUUUCCGAGCUGGCAAUUGCAAUCAUCGUCCGGGAUGUCCUCUUUGCACUUGACUACCUUCACAAGCGAGGCAUCAUUCAUCGUGCCGUUUGCGGUCCGCACAUUCUCAUCAACUCCAACGGCCACUGCAUGCUCACUGGCCUCAAGUAUUCUACCUCAGUACUAAAGGACGGUCGGUGGCACAACACCAUCCACGAGUUUCCCCAGAACGCCCUCAAGAUCAUGAACUACUUUGCGCCAGAGAUUCUGCAGCAGAACAUCACCGGCUACAACUCAAAGUCGGACAUCUACAGCCUGGGAAUCGUCUGCUGCGAGAUGGCCAACGGAUGUGUGCCCUUCGAGGACAUUCAGCUAACGGAGAUGUUACUCGACAAGCUUACCGGCAACUAUCCCAAGCCGCUCGAUGCUACGUGCGAAGAAAUAAUAAACUUUCCAACCGACGUUGAAGAUCUCACUCCUGAUGCACUUUAUUUCAAGGAGCAGGAUAUUGAUGAAUUUCGCGACUGCUUCUACCUGAAGACGCAGCCCAACAGUGGCCACAUCACCUCGGUGGAAGAGUUGAAGACGAUAAUGCGCUCACUCGGCCAGAGCCCCACCGAUGACGAGCUGGAGAAGUAUUUCAAGGAGAAAAAUGGCAAGAUAUCAUUUGCGGAUCUGCUCGAUGUAAUGCACACGCACUCGGUGAAGGAGAAGAUACCACAGGAAAUUCUAGACGCCUUUGUAGCCACCGAUUGGGCGCGCAGUGGACAGAUGAUGACCCGAGAUCUCAAGCACAUUCUCUGCGGCUGGGGAGAGAAGCUCAUUCCGAAGGAGUUUGAACAGCUGCUCAAAGAAGCCAACAUUUCCGGGCCGUACUUCAAGUACGAAGAUUUCGUCAAAAUCAUCAGUGCACCCAUUCCAGACUACUGA